AUGGAACAUCUCACAGCUGCCAAGUGCUUACAGGCCAUCGGCCUCGCUACCCUCAGCUACUUCGCCUACAAGAUCGUCCUCGAGAACGCGCUGUGGCUGCUGCCAAAGACACCCUUGACGCGAUACCAGCGACCCAGUGGAGCCUGGGUCUUCAUCACCGGUGCGUCCGCCGGCAUCGGACAGGGGUGCGCGCAAGAGUUUGCCGCCCGUGGCUUCAACCUCGUCCUGCUCGGCCACCUCCCCGCGGAGCUGGAGCAGACCAAAGCUCUGAUCCUCGCCGAGUCUCCGCAGGCGCAUAUCCGCAUCAUCGUCCUCGACGCCAUAACCGCGAAGCCGGCCGACAUCGAGGCGGCAUUGCAGUCCGUCGCGGACCUGCCGCUGACGGUCCUGAUCAACAACGUCGGCGGCAACCCCGUCGCGCGGCAGCCCGUGUUCAAGCGGCUCGACCAGUACACGGCGGCCGAGGUGACGAGCAACAUGGCCGUCAACGCGGGUUUCAUGGCGCAGCUGACGCGCCUCGCCGUGCCCGUCCUCGCGCGGAACGGGCCGUCGCUCGUCGUGAACCUGAGCUCGGGCGCCAAGACGGGUAUCCCGGGCGUGGCCAUGUACUCGGCGUGCAAGGCCUUUGUCCACGCGUUGAGCAAAGCUGUCGCCCGCGAGAUGAUCGCCGAGGGCAUGUCCGUGGACGUCGUGUCGCUGGUACCUGGUGAUGUCAAGACGCUGACUAAUGACGUCGUGCCCAAGGGCUCGCCGGACCCGAGGAGCUUUUCCAAGGUGCUGCUGGACAGACUGGGCACGGCGGUACGGAUGGGUUCGCUGGAGCUGUCGCCUUGGUACUUUCAUCAGGUGCAGAUAUGGCUUGCUGAUGUGGUGCCGGAGAGGGUGAUGAGAAAUGUGCUGGUCGAUAUGUUUAAGCGCAAGGCGAGGCAGACAGAGGCUGGGAAGAAAGAGCAGUGA